ACAACUGCUCCUUCUACAACAAUCUCCAACCCAGCAACGCCGACAGCUACAACAACCACUGCCCAUACUACAACAACCAGUGCACAAACUUCAACAACCACUGGCCCAACUACAGCAACAACCACCGCCACAACUUCAACAACCAUUAACCCAAUGACUACAACUACUGCACCAACUACAACAACCACUGGCCCAACUUCAACAACCACUGGACCAACUUCAACAACCACUGGCCAAACUACAACAACCACUGAAACAACAACAACCAAUGCCCCAACUACAACAACCACUAUCCCAAUCACAGCAACUUCAUCAACUACAACAAUCAAUUUGCCAACAACAACAACAACUUCCCCAACUUCAACUACUGUCCCAAUUACAGCAGCUGCCCAAACGACAACUACAACUGCUCCACCUACAACAAUCUCCAACCCAGCAACGCAGGAAGCUACAACUUCAACCACUGCCAAUGACGCCUGUUGUGUCAGAAUGGGAAUGCURCAUCUGCUGAUUGGACUCCUUGUUUUCAUCCUAUUUUAGAGCUCAGAACAAAAAUGGAUGAACCUGGAAGGACUCUGAGAGAACCUUUAGAAGUCUGGUCUGUGGUUUAUCUUUGACUGGUAGUUACACAGGUUACAAAAUAAAUACUUAGGCAAAAGGGGGAAGUGUCUGAGUGAAGUGAGUG